AAACUCUGAGACAAUAUGUUGAUUAAACUGGUGAAAGAAGACUUUCCGUGUCUGAAAAACGGGUUUAUAUAACAUUAUCUACGUGCUAUCGAGUUUCUUCGGAUCUAUUUCAACAAGAUGCACAGCGGUAGCUCCAUUUCACCCAAACAUCCCGCCAUUCCGGUUUCGAUCGGUAUCGCCUCGCUGGUGCUGGAGGGCCGCUCGUCAGCCCUCGAUGAUGACAGCUCAACGACGACGACGACGCCUUCACCAGCGCCACCGGCAGCAGCCGCCGCUACGGGCCCGUCAACGUCGUCCCUGCAGGAGUGCAGUCUGCUGGCGAUCAGCGAUGUGCAGCAGAAGCUAGCCUGCAUCUCGGACGCCCGGAAGCGGAUCAAUCUGAAGCUGCAGCAGCUACGAUCGUCCGGAGCGAGCAGCAAGGACACGGUCGCGCGCCCGAAACGGAUGAGUUGGCCCCACCAUGAGGGCGGCGGCGGUAGUGCCGGGCAGUCGAGCGCCGCCGCUACCGGUGUCAUCUACAGUGGAUUCGAGAAGAUGAACGUACUGGCCUCCGUCUCACCGAUCAAGAAUCACCAUCACCAUCACCAGACGAUCAUUGCGAACAGUUUUAUCAACUUCUCGUCGAUCGCCGCCGCGUCGGCACCGUCAGGGUCUGGGUCGCGUAAAGCUCCGGUUACUGGUGGUGGCCCAGCGGCAACGGCACCAGCAGUCGCAGCGGCAUCGAUCGCGGCAACCAAGCAACGAUCUCGCGAAGGACCCCACUGUGAGCAGUUUUUGAAAAAGAUCGGCCUCGUGAAGCCCGAAGCGGGUGCGGACGAGGGCUCGGAGCACGGCUGCAGCUAUCACAACAUCCACUGCCUUCGCUGGCAGGGCUACUUCGAGAAGCUGUUGCUCAUCCUGCGCCAGGGAGAGGCGGUCUGCAUUGACGUGUUUUUGGGACCCGAAAAUGACACCAUCCUGCUGGAGCAGUGGACACUGAAACUGUCCGCGACAAAAUCAUCUCCGGCGGCCGCGAUGACCAUCCAGUCGCUGUGUGCCGCCAUCCGGAGCCAGCUGUACUUCUCGCAGAUCUCCGCCUGGACCGAGCUAAUCCAGAACUCGCUCGAGCCGGAAAUCUUCGCCCAUCCGCGCAUCAAGAAGAUUCCGCCACCGCUCGGCCCGUCGGUCGGUUCGUCACCGCUGCUGCCCACCGCCCGGCUGGACAUUCUGUUUCGCAUCAACAAAUCGUACGACAGCACGGCCCGCUUCAACGAGAAACCGAUCGUGCACAACUUUCCCGACGCCUCGGUGGCCGAAAACUACGUGGUGCAGGUCUGCCUGAAGAGUUUGCCCCGGUUGGACCGGAUCCCGGGCAUUAACGCGGCCCUGGACGCGACACAGGUGGGCCGCGGUGGCCACCACCGGGGGCCCGGCUCGCUAGCGUCGGCAAUGCCGUGCCACGAGAAGGGCAAACACCGUUGCUUCCGCAAGGAUCUGGAGGACCCGGAGGACGACCUGGAAGAGGAAGAGGACGAGGGGCCUCCUCGGAUGAGAGGGGGAGAGGGUGCCGGUACCGGGCGUGGCGGCGGUGCCGAAUUGCCACUGCUAUCCUCGGCCGCAAUCAACCACCGCGAGAAGCAGCUGCAAAAGUACCGCAAGCGCAUGUUGAAGCGUGAGAAAAAGAAGAAAGUGUGCACCGGCGGCGGCGGACAGGCGGAAGGUGCCGGUGUCGGUCCCGUUGGGUUCCACGGGAUGAUGGCCAAAGGUAGUAACGGCAGCACCAGUAACGGGGUAGCCAUGGCCGCGGUCGGCAGCAGAAGCGGAAGUUCGUCGAUGGACGUGGCCGGCUGUUCGUUGUCGUCGUACGCCGUGUCCCCGAUGAGCUUUAGCAGCUGCAGCAGUAGUGUGGCCGGUGGGACAAGUAAAGCUGCAAGCCCGCGCCCCACGACCACCACACCGACGGCGAUCGGUGGCAGCGGCGUGGUGCAGGUGGCGAGCUGUAGCAAUGGCCACUGCCGCAGCGCCGGCGGCGGCAACGUCCACGGCAACUCGGUGUUCACCUCCUCGAUCAACUCGAUCCAACCUCCGCUCUACUCGUCCGCCAAUGGGCCCGUGUGCGACGAUCGGUACCACGCGAUCGCCCUCAACUCCAAAUCCACCCAAACGGCCACCGUGGUGUCGGGCGCGGCAAACACCGCCGCCGGCGACUGGCCAUCGAACCGUGCGCCGUCCCUACUGCCAUUCGUUGCUUCCGUCGCAACGCAAACCGAGUGCCCGGUGGUGAGACGCGAGAGCCAGCCGUGCACGACGGGGGCACCGAAACCUCACUGCUGCACCGACUGCUGUCGCCAGCGUCAGGGGUCAGUGGAGGAUCAGUUCGCUCGCGAUCAGACGGAUGCCGGCGUGCCGCAACGAAGCUGCUCUCAGGGACCACCAGCGAUGCGGCGGGAAGCGGAAGAUCAUUGCAACGGCGACGGCAGCAGCAGCGGCGGGGCCAACAGUGAUAGACAUAUGCAAUAUUUUAACAAUUACUCUAGAACGUACGAUAUUAUCAAUGAUAACUGUGAUAAACGCCAGCAGCCGCCGCCGCCGCCGCCACCAAACCCGCCGAUCACUAGCCACCACCGGGCACAGACGCCGCCGCCGCCAUCCUCCGCGUUCCUCCGACCAUGCUUCAUCGUCGGCGGUGGAGACGGUUACGAGGGCGACGAGGAUGACGACCGGGACGAGCCGAGCCUGGGCGAUGAUGGCGAUGGGAACGCAGAAAACAUCAGCAACAACAGUGCCGGUCGCACACUGCAAAAAGGCGACCUUUUGCUACAAGCCAUCCAAAGAACUGCCACGCUGAACGGUGGACAGGAGGAAGGGAACAGAAGCCACCCGAGCGUCACCGUUGUCGUCCAGCAGUCGUCGUCGCCUUCGGCACGUCCCGAUCAAUCGCUCCUGCUCCUCAACGGCAGCAGCACCACCGGUGGCGGCAAGCACAAAAAUGGCCCCAGUAUCAACAACAACAACUACGCCACGCAGAACAACAACCACGCCGCCACACGCGGAAGAGACGGUGAACGGCGGGGCCACGAGACGGGCGAGAUGCGCUGCGAGCAGCAGCGCAGCGAAUGUGAUACUUUCAGCAGUGAAAAGCUAGAUUUAGGUGACUGUCGGCUGUGCAAGCGACAAAAAACGAAGCAUAAUUUUAAACUGAAUCUUACCAAUCUCCUCUCGUCGUCGUCGUCGUCGUCGUCGGCGUCGUCACCGUCACCGUCGACUUCCGCGGCGCGUGCCGGGAAGGUGGGAAAGAAAACGAUCCCGGCGAAGGCGGUGCUGGACUGCGGGUCCACGCCGCCCGGCUGCCGUCGGACGCUAUCGGAGAGCCUAGUCGGUCACCUGACCAUUCCGAGCGAUGAAUCCGGUGCCGGUUCGGGGCACCGUCGUUCCGGUCGCGAGCCGGGAACCAUGGAGGAGGACGGUGGUGUUAGCGAAGGAGCCGAGCUGCUCCUCAGCCCGGGCGACAGUCCGAUGCUUAGCAGCUCGACCGGAGCGAUGGGCGCCGGCGGAACGGUGUUCUCGUUCGAACAGAUGAAGUGCUACCGUCGGGCAUUUUCCGAGGACGUCAUCGACACGAUCACCAGUAGCGGCGACGGGGCACGGCGACACUGCGUGGCUAACGGCGGUGCCGGCAUCCGUAGCAGUGAAGAGGAUACGACCGACGACAGUGGCGAUAAUCAGGACGAUGAGUACGGUGCGCAGGAAGCGAUCGUCAGCAACGGUGGUGGUGCUGGUGGUGGUGGACUCGCAAAACAUGUCGGACGUGAGUGCUGCGGUUGCCACAAAAACUAUCCGCCCUACCAGAGCCCGCUGUCGGCGACCGCACAGGCCACCGGUGGGCAGCGGGUGGUGGGAAACACUUCCACUCCGGCAGCGAACGGUGGGGAGCCGCUCUACAUUAGCUGCUCCGAGACGGAUUGCUCGGUCAGUACGGCCAGUAGCGUUUCGCCGCACAAGAAACAGAUUCUCAGCUGUGCCGCGAUCGCUUGCGCCAACGGUGCACCCGGAUCGCCGCACCCCCGAACGCUGCCAACCGCGUCCGGAGCGAUGGAACUGCUGGGCGGCGGCGGCUGUUGCAAACCGUCGCCCAAGAUCAAUCUCAACUACGUGUUUGCCCUGUCGCCGCUGGCACGCGACGAUUCGGGCUUCACGAGCGGUGGCAGUCCGGCCACGUCGACCAGCUUUCCGGCCACCUCACCGAUCGCCAUCGAUGAUCGCUUCGGGACGGCGAAAAGCCGCACGCGCAGUGGUGGGUUGCUGCUCGGUGGUAACGCCGCCACAAGCAACAACGGAGUCAACGGUGGUGGUGAGGGAAUCUUUCGCUACGACUUCGACGAACUGCCCACCAGCAACGGCAGCAGCCCGGGCUCGGGGACAAUCAAGUCCAAGUCCGCUCCCAUCUUUCCCUUUUCACCGCCCUGCACCGCCGGCAACCUUUCGCCUCGGUUCAUGCGCACGGCUCAACGACAGCAGCAGCAGCAGCAACGGUCGCGCUAUCCGUCAGAACGUUCCUCGAUCGGUUCCGAUGAGCAGCUGUCCGACGACGAACUGUCGUACCUGUCGACGUUGGAUGUCACGGGCACACUGAACCCGGCCGGCGGCCAUCUGUUCGCCGUGUCGCCCGGGAAGGUUGGAGGGCGCGCGUUGGUGGCCGCCCGCAGCAGUCUGCCGUCGCAGAUGCUGAGCAAGGUGCUGAACCGGAAUCUGUUCCGCUUUGGCCGUGCACCGCUGCUCGGUACGCUCGAGGAAUCGUUGCUGCAGCGUCGCCUGAGCCCCAAGUACCAGGUGGCCGACUUCAAGGUGCUGCUGGGCGCCUCCGGCAGCUUCUGUCCGACGCAGCUCACCAUUCCGGUUGCAUCCUACUUCUACGAGCUCCCCGGGCAGCACCUUACGACACCGUAUGUGUGUGAAUUACGUCUUCCAAGAAAGGGCUACUCGAUACCGCGCACGGGCACGGUCCAGGCAACGUUGCUCAACCCACUCGGCACGGUGGUUCGGAUGUUUGUCGUGCCGUACGACUUUCGCGACAUGCCCGCCAUGUCGACCACCUUCAUCCGGCAGCGGAUCCUCGCGUGCGACGAAAGCAGCCUCCAGCUGCUCGGCAAAAACAUCGAACAGCUCAGCAACGCCGAACAGAUGAAGCUCCUUCGCUAUGCGAUCCAUUUGCGGUUUCAAACGUCGCGCUCGGGAAAGCUGUCCCUGCACACGGACAUCCGGCUGCUGAUAUCGCGCCGCACCGACUGUGAUACGGCCGCUGCCCAUGCGAAGAAUUUGCUCGAGGCCCCGAACGAACUCAAAGUGGUUACCAUCGUACCGGAGAAUCCCAAGUUUAGCUUACGCAUCGACAAACAGUAGAUAGUGGUGGCCGGCAGGAUUCCCAUCAGCCUCCCGACGCGCCGCCGUCACCCUUCUCUCGUAAGGCGGACACGUCUUACCUUUCGCUAACAAUCUCGAAUCGAGUCGAGUCGUUUCCAGCGUAUUGAGUGAGCCAUCCCCCCCUCAAACCCCGAUGGCCCGACCCAUCGG